AUGUUCAUCAAGGAAAUAAUUCUUGAUGGGUUCAAGUGUUAUGAGGAGAGGACGGUGGUUGCAGGGAUUGACUGCUCGUUCAAUGCAAUAACCGGAAUGAAUGGAUCUGGAAAGUCUAAUGUGCUUGAUGGGGUUUUGUUUGCACUUGGGCUUGAGACUGCCAGGGCACUGCGUGCAGACAGCCUGAAGGAGCUUGUGAAUGUGCACAGGAGCGAGUGCAGGGUGGAUGUUGUGUUUUGUAACAAGGAAAAAAGUCGAAGUCCAUUGGGAUAUGAACAUUGUGAUGAGAUCCGUGUUUCACGAGCGAUUGAUGCAGAUGGACGGACGAAGCAUUAUUUGAAUGGUCAUGUGUGCACGCAGUCUGCAUUGGGAAAGUUCUGCAUGUCGAUGGGGCUGCAGUCGCGAGGGAUGUUGUCGUCUGUGGUGAUGCAGGGGCACAUAACACGGAUCCUGAGUAUGAGGAGUGAAGAUCUGAAGAAUCUUGUGGGUGAGGCAGCAGGAACAAGGUGUUAUGAGAACGAGAAGGAAAAAGCUAUGCAAGCGAUUGCAAAGAAAGAGGAGAAGCUGAGAGAGGUCAGCGAAAUGCUGCAAAGAAGGAUUUCACCAUUUUAUGGCAAGCUGCGUGAAGAGCGCACAAGGUAUGUUGAAAGUAGGGAUAUUGAUGAGAGGAAGAAGCGCCUGAUGGAUGACUUGAAUGAGGUGUGCUACUUGAUGUGUAUGUGUGAUGCAGAGUGUGCAGUUAGAGGGUUAAUUGAAUAUAUGGACAAAUAUAGUGAUGAAUUUGAACGUGUUGAACAGAAUGAGGAGAUGAUUGAGAAUAUGAGAAGAGUGGAUGAAGAAGGGGAUGUAAUGUGGGCCAAGACGGCCAUGGAUGAAGAAAAGCUGAAGAUUGAAGAGAUGAGGUCCAAAAGAGUUGAAGAAAUGGUGAUUAAGAAGGAGCAAGAACUUGCAGUGAUGAAAGAGGCGAAUGCAAAAUAUGACAUGAAUGAACUGAUUGCAAGAGAAAAUGUGUUAGUUGAGAGCCUUGGAGAUGCUGAUGCUGGAUUGAAUGAUGUAGUAAGUAAGGCAGAGGAACUUGCAAACCUAAGGCAUAUGAGAUCUAAGAUUGAUGUUGAGUUGGGUUUGAUGGGAGAUGCGUGUUUUUGGCAGGAUAAAUUAGAGGAAAUUGAAAGGUUAAGGGUUGAUGAGGAUGAAUUAGAAAGGAUGCGCAAGAAGUUGUAUGUUAUGAAAUCUCGUAUUAAUUAUCCAUUUAUUGAGGGUGUUUUUGGAACAGUAGAUGAGAAUUUUGAGAUAUGCGACAUGAAAUAUUUUGAGGCGAUAUGCGUGGCAAUGGGAGGGAGAGGGAAGUAUGUUAUAACGAGUGAUGAGAAGGUUGGAGGGAUUGUGCUGAAUGGAGCGGACAGAAGUGUUAGUGUGAUACCGCUUUCGAAGAUCCGAGUGAAUAGGAAUGACGAAGGGGUGGAGAAGGCGAUUAGGAUGGAGAAAGGAAUAUGGGCGGUUGAUCUGCUGCGAUUUGAUGGAAGUGUUCGCAAGGCAAUUGAGUUUGUAUUUGGCGGCUUUUUUGUAUUUGAAGAUAAGGAAGUAGCAAAGAAGAUGUGUUUUGAGAAUAAGGUGAUGUGUAUAACUGUUGAUGGAACGGUGUAUGAUCCGCGGGGGAUGUUGAGUGGAGGAAAAAAUGUAGUGCGAGUGGAAGUAGUGCGCAGGAAAGAGAUUGAGGCGAUUGGGAGAGAGGUUGAGAGGUUAACAAUGAACAAGAUUAAAUUUGAUGAGCUUAGAGGCGAGUAUGAGGAGAUGCUGAGAAUGAAGGAAGUAGAUGCACGAAGAAAAGUGCUUGCAGAGGAGAAGAGGAAGAUUGAUGCUAGGAUGAGUGUGAUAUCUGAUGUAUAUGGGGAGAAGAUUGAUAUUAGAAACGAACUAAAGGUUGUGAGAGAAAACAUGAUUACAGCCAAAAGAGAGAUGAAUGAGAUUAAGAGAAUGAAUGAUCGUAGAAGAGAGUUAAAAGAGGAGAUAAAAGUGCUUGAGGAGAUGAAAAAGAAGAAUGAUGAGGAGAUGAGGAUGUGUGAGCAGAAGAUAUGUGAGUAUCAGAAAAUAGUUGAAGGAUAUGAAGAGAAGAUGAGUAUGAAGAGUAUGAAUGAUGACGAGAUAGAAAAAUUGGAGGAAAUGAAUAGGGGACUGAAAACAGAAAUAGGAAGGAUAAAGAACAAGAUAAUGAAGGUAUAUGGAGAACUGGAGAAGAGGAUGAAGGAAGCAUGUACUGAGUGGGAUGUCUUUGAUAAAAGCGUAGCUAUUGGAAAUAGAUUGAAGGAUGUUAUAAUGCAAUUGAGGCUUGAUGAAAGGUACUUCUGUAUACGGAGGGUUAGGAUGAGUGAAAAAGAGAGACAAAUGAUUGUGGAGAAGAAGUUACUGAUUGAAGAGCAGUUGAUGAAGCUUGGAGGAGUGAAGCGAAGCACAAUGGAUCCUGCCAACUUUGAUUUGUUGGAGCGUAAUGAACUGAUGGUUGAGGAUCUGCAAGAUAAGAUACACAAGCUGGAGAAAGACAAACUAGCGAUUAAUCAGAGUGUGAUGAGACUUGAUGAUCUUGGAUUGAGUGAAAGACGAAAAGCAUUUAAGCACAUUAAUGGACGACUUGGGAAGUUUCUUAGGUAUUUUAUACCUGAUUCAGAUGCAAGGAUUGAUGAGGAGGCAGGAGAGUAUGUGUUGAGGGUAAAGGUUGGCAGCUGGAAGGAGUGUUUGGAGGAGUUGAGUGGAGGGCAAAGGUCACUUGUGGCACUGAGUCUGAUAUUUUCUAUGCUUACGUACCGACCGUCACCAUUCUAUGUGUUUGAUGAGAUAGACUCUGCGUUGGACCUCAGCCACACACAGAGCAUUGGAGAGAUAAUAAGGAAUGAGUUUGGAAAUGCACAAUUUCUGGUUGUGUCCUUGAAGAAUGGAAUGUUUGAUAAUGCAAAUAGCAUAUUUAAGGUGUUUAUGCAUGACGGGAAGUCGAGGAUAUGCAAGAUCAAGUGA